CUCUAGUCAGUUUUCAAUGUUCUUCUUCUUUACCUGAUAACGCAUUUAUUACGAUUUCCUCUCUUUCUUCAUUUUUCCAUUUUUGUUCAUUUUCUUCUUCAUCCAUCCUCAAUUGGAUGCAGCAGAAAUGAGAGAGAAACCCUAGACAUCAAAACAUAUUACUGAAAAUCAAUGGCGUUUCUCUCAAAAUCAGCUUUCUCUUCAUUCGCAAAAUCAGACCCCCCAUCUCCAUCUCCAGAAGCAACACCACCAGAUAAUAAUAGUAAUAAUAAUAAUAUCUCAGCUGAAGAUCGUCUUCGUGAAGCAGAAGAUCGAUUACGAGAAGCAAUUGAAGAGUUACAGAGAAGACAAAGAAGAAAUCGUGGAUUACAUGAAUGUGCACCGCCAUGUGAACAUGCCGAUGAAUCUUGUAUAGCUCAUGCUAUUGGAAAUCUUUGUCAGACUUUUCUGUUAUCUUAUGGUGUUAGAGUUGGUAUUGGUAUUCUUCUUAGGGCUUUUAAACUUGCUAGAAGACAAUCUUAUUCUUCUCUUCUUGAUCUUAAGCAACUCGUGUCGGAGAAAGAUUUGAUAGUAAGAGAAGAAGCAUGUCGCAUUGGGUUAUUGUUUGGUGGGUUUACUGGAUCUUAUCAUCUUCUUAGAUGUUUAUUGAGAAAGUUCAGAAAGAAAGAGACGCCUUUCAAUGCAAUUUUAGCAGGUUCAGUUGCAGGAUUGUCUAUUCUAGCGUUAGAUGAUCCAAGCAGGAGGCGUACCCUUGCUUUAUAUCUUUUAGCCAGGCUUGGACAGUGCGCGUAUAACUCUGCAAAAUCUAAAAAUAAGUUCCAUCUUUGGGGAAGCCACUGGAGUCAUGGGGAUUCAUUACUGUUUGCUUUAGCAUGUGGCCAGGUCAUGUAUGCCUUUGUAAUGCGUCCGGAGAGCCUGCCAAAAUCAUAUCAAGAUUUCAUUCAAAAGACUGGGCCUGUUGCAAAGCCUAUUUAUAAGGCCGUUAGAGACAGCUGUAGAGGUUCCCCCAUAGAUGUUGUUUCUCUCUCUGCUUACUUAUUUAACAGCAAGGCAUCUAGCUCUUUGAAGAUACAGGAGUUCCCCUCAAUUAUCCCUUGUUCGAUGAUCCAUCCAGAUGCAAAUUCUUGUUUACAGCACAAUGCUAGAGCUGCAUCAGCGACUUUUAGAAAAACGUUUCCACUUUAUUUUUCAUUGACAUUUGUGCCCUUUGUUGUUCUCCGCCUGCAAAAGUUCAUGGACUCCCCUGCUCGAACCUGCUGGCUUGCUGUGAAAGGCGCUGUUCGCUCCACCACAUUCUUGUCUAGUUUUGUUGGAAUCUUCCAGGGAGUCAUAUGUCUGCAUAGAAAGGUUGCGGCGAAGGACCACAAACUUGUGUACUGGUUGGCCGGUGGUUUUGCCGCCCUUUCUGUACUCUUAGAGAAAAAAGCUAGACGUGGAGAACUGGCUCUAUAUGUUCUUCCAAGAGCUGGUGACUCAUUAUGGUAUAUCUUAGUGAAUAGGCAUUUCCUCCCAGAUAUCAAGAACGCUGAGGUGGCACUUUUCUGUUUAUGUAUGGGAGGAAUCAUGUAUUACCUGGAACAUGAACCUGACACCAUGGCUCCAUUCCUCAGAGGCAUAAUUCGUCGUUUCUUGGCAAGUAGGAUAACUAACCCUCCGCCUUCUGCAAACCGAACUGCAUCCUACUUGUACUUGCAAAGUCUCGAAGCCGCGGAAAAACCCAAAUUACUGGAUAGUAGUAAUGGCACCGAAGUUCCGGCUUCUGAGAAGUUAAACCUUGAAUCUAUUCCAGGACUAUAAGCACUUAAACUUUGAUUACAUUAUAUAGUUCAAGGAGAUGAAGCUUAGGACUGUCUGAUUUUUCUUCGUACCAUUUUUUUUUAAAAAUCACAGGGUAAAACUUAAAAGCUAGCUAUUCUGUGCCUUCUUGCGCAGCAAUUCGAAUAUGAACUGAUUAUUAUAGAUUAUUUUCCAGCUAUAAACUAUUUUCUCUUAGAAGUGAUUUCUGGCAGUUCUAUACUUUAUCAGAGUUUGAUUAGUUAAGUAGAUGGUUUGGAAGAAAUAAUUAGUGGUUCUUGUUUCAG